AUGAACAUGUCUAGUGUGGUUAUAAUUAGAGUCUUGAAGCUCUCUCUUGUGUGCAUGAUUCUGUUGGCUUUAGAUACUGUAGAAGCUCAACAGAAGUUGACAAUGGGGUUUUACAAAACCACGUGUCCGACUGCUGAGCAAAUUGUCAGAGAUACUGUGACUAAGGCGGUGACCGCGAACCCUGGAAUGGCUGCUGGUAUUAUCCGGCUUUACUUCCAUGACUGCUUUGUGAGGGGUUGCGACGCUUCACUUCUACUAAAGACGAUACCAGGCAAUGAAGUUGAGUCUGAGCAAGAUGCUGGGGCAAAUGCUGGGACGUUAAGGGGAUUCGAGAUAAUAGAUCAAGCUAAGGCCCGGAUUGAAGCUGCAUGUCCAAAAACUGUCUCAUGUGCUGACAUCUUGGCUUUUGCAGCCCGUGAUAGUACCAACGUUGUGGGUGGUUUCUCUUAUGCAGUCCCAUCAGGACGAAGAGACGGAAGGGUUUCAAAUAUAAGUGAAGUGGACCUUCCAGGACCAAGCUUCAACUUAAACGCCCUCAAGAGGGCGUUUGCCACUAGAGGAAUGAGCGUUGGGGAUUUGGUGGCGCUCUCUGCAGCCCACUCUAUAGGUAGAGCGGACUGCAGAUUUGCUGCAUCCCGUCUCUACUUAUUUAAUGGAAACGGUACUGAUCCUUCAUUGGAUCCAAAAUACGCAGCCUUGAUGAAAAAGAAAUGUCCAAAGGAUAAACUCUCCGGUGUAACAGAACUUGAUAUAGUGACACCAAAUCGCCUAGACAAUCAAUACUAUCGUAACGUGAAUCAACAUCAGGUUCUGUUUUCUUCGGAUCAAUCUUUAUUAGAUAGUACAAUGACAGCAAGAAUGGUAUCUAAUUAUGCAAAUAACCCAAUUGCUUGGAGAAAGGAUUUUGCAGCAGCAAUGGUCCGUUUAGGUUCUGUUAAGGUAUUAACAGGGACCAAAGGAGAGAUUCGUAAAAAGUGUGGGGCUAUAAAUUAA